UUAUAACGUCAGUGAAGCUUCUGAGGAAGGCUUCUUCUCCUUCAUUCCUCACAAAUGUCAAACUCUGCCGCUCUUCGUAAUCCAAAAAACAACUCUUACUCUCUCCUUUUCUUCUUUAAAUCAUAAUCCACCAAACAUAAAACACAUUCCUAAUCAGAUCUUCACUCUCCGAUUCUCCUGUUUUUUCUUUGUCGGCAGUUACAAACCCUUUGGGUUUCCCAGAAACCCACCACUAGCUCCUUCUUAUACCAGAGACUCCUCAUUCAAACUUCAAAAAUUCUCUUCCCCUCUCUCUCUGUUUUAAGAAUGUCUUGUUUCUUAACUUGCGUUCGUUUCGAUGAGUCGAUCACGACCACCGACAAGAAACCCAAGAUCACUGGAUCUGUUUCUGUCUCCGGUGUAACAUGUUAUACCUGGGACGAUGUCGAGUCUCUCACCUCAAAUUUUUCUAGACUCAUUGGUUCCGGUGGAUACAGUAGUAUCUACUUGGCUCGUUUGUCUGGCGCCAAAAAAGCGGCUCUCAAGGUUCAUGUCGGUAGCCAUCGUCUUUAUCAGGUGUUUAGAUCUGAGCUCGAAAUCUUGCUUCGUCUUCAACAUCCUCACAUUGUCAAACUUCUCGGUUACUUCGACGAUUCAGAAGAAACUGGUGCACUUUUAUUAGAGUACCUUCCUCAAGGUAACCUCCAAGAGAAGCUCAACUGCAGCAGCAAACACGUGUUGCCAUGGAGAAACCGUACCGCCAUAGCGUUUCAGGUUGCGCAAGCGAUGGAACACAUACAUGAGAAAUGUAGCCCUCAAAUUGUUCAUGGUGAUAUCAAAUCCUCCAAUAUACUCCUUGACAAAAACCUCAACAGUAAGCUUUGCGACUUCGGAUCAGCCAAAGUCGGCUUCUCAUCUAUGGUUCAGCCAUCUACAACGGUGUCGUCACCUCGUUCCAGGCAAGUGAGGAUGGUAGGGUCUCCAGGGUACACGGAUCCUCAUUACUUGAGAACCGGGAUUGCUUCGAAAAAAAUGGAUAUGUAUGGGUUUGGAGUAGUGGUUCUUGAGUUGGUUUCUGGUAAAGAAGCGGUUAGCGCUGAGAAAGGUGAGAUGCUGGUUCAUACGGCAGCUCCAUUGAUCCAUGAGAUUUGUGAUUUAGGUGCCAAUACUGCAGAAGAAAAGGUGAGACGGUUCUUGGAUCCGAGGUUGUCUAGGGACAGUAGUCUUGAUAUAGAAGAGGUUAAGACAAUUCUACGUGUGGCUGCUUUCUGUCUUCACAGCCCGCCAUCGCUCAGACCCUCGGCUUCACUAGUAGUACAAACUCUUGUCGAUAAGAUCCCGUCUCUGACAUUCCUUGGUUGUGGAAAAGAUGAUUGAUACAUAUAUAAGAGGAUGAGGUUUAGGUAGUGACUACUGAUUUUAUUGCAGUCUAGUAGUAGGUUUAUAAGACGCAUACUGAAUCUGAACGUUGCUGAGAAGAUUAAGUUUCGUUGCAUAGGCGAUUCUGCCAAAAAAAAAAAAAAAGGCACAAAAAGAAAGAAGGUAGAUUCAAAUUCUUCCUCUGCUUACUGGUGCGUAUAGUAAACAAAAAAACAAUAGUUUGUGUGAAAUUUGUAAAUAUUAUUGUGUGAUGUAUAAUACAACUUGUAAUUGGAACUAGGUGACCGGCUCGCACCCUUUGCGGGUAUAUAUAGAUUCAAAUUAUGGACUUAAUAAUACAAAGUUUUAGAAGUAAUAGAUUUUAUAUCAUAAGACCAUCAUCUUUGAGAUAAAGCAUCAGGCACAGAAAAAUGCUGGUACACAAUAUUUUACAUGGAGGAGAUAGAAUAAAGUAACUUCAGUAUCAAUAGGUAGUUAUUGCGUGU